AUGACAGCCCCAUCAUCAUCCAAUCAGUCCAAGGACAGCCCCUUCACCCUACAGUGCCCAAUGUUAACCUCACUAAAUUACAACACCUGGUCAAUUAAGAUGGAAGCCAUCAUGGAUGCCCAUGGGUUAUGGGAUGCCAUAGAGCCACCAACCGGAGUGGUUGUGGAUGAGAAGAAGAGCAAGCAGGAUCGAGCUUUCAUCUUCCAAUCUAUACCAGAGGAGAUUCUUGCACAGGCAGCCAAGAAGAAGACAGCCAAGGAGGUUUGGGACUCUCUAAAGUCACGGUAUGUGGGUGCAGAGAGGGUCCAAAAGGCAAGGUUGCGGGUACUAAAGAGUGAAUUCGAAGCACUCCAAAUAAAGGAAACAGAAACCAUAGAUGAGUAUGCAGGAAAAAUCUCAGCUAUGAUUUCUAAAUUUGGGAGUGCAGGGGCAAUAUUGGAAGAUGAAGAGUUGGUAAGAAAGUUGUUUGAUACCGUCCCAGAAAAGUUUAUAAACCUGGUGGCAUCAAUUGAGCAAAGUUGUGACAUGGAAUCAAUGCCAUUUGAAGAAGCAAUUGGGAAUUUGAAGGCUUAUGAAGACCGACUCCGGCUCCGGAAGGCAAGCACACAGGCAGAUAAUGCCCUGCUACUUGCCAAGGCAGAAGACACAUCAACCCACUGGAGUCCAAGCAAGCCAAACACACCAGGUGGUCGAGGGAGGGGUGGAAACAAUAAUCGGGGAGGAAGAGGCAGCUCACGAGGGCGAGGUUCGACUCGUGGUAGAGGUGGGCGCUGGGGUGGCGACUCAUGA